AGAAACCCCUUCUCCUUUCUUUUGUUUCAGAGAGAGGCUCGCGUGAGAUUUGGGGGAUUAGGGUUUGGUUCUCGAGGAUCCAUUGGAGAAGGGAUUGAGAUGUCGAAGAAGAGGAAAUCGGAGGCGAGUAGGCUCGAUGAGAUCGAUCGGACGAUGUACUCGGCCUUCUCUAGCGCCGCCAACUCGCUUUCACAGCUCUACACGCAGGCCAUGCACCAUCAGAAGCUCUCCUUCCAAGCCGGCGAACGCCAUGCGUUGGAGAAGUUUUAUCAGUGGAUUUUGAGGCAGCACGAGGAAGGAUCAAGAGUCACUGUAGCUGAUAUAGUCACUCAUAUGCAGAAUGAGAUUACAUACGGAGGGGAUGAUGUAUCCUUGUCGCCGAGAUUGCCACCCCAACACCAGCCCCCUCAAAGCACGCCGCAAUAUACAAACACAAGUGGCUACUCCUUACCGAGCGUAGGACUUUCCCUGCGGACCAGUCUUUCUGAUCAAACAAAGAACAUGGUUUUCUCAAAUGCACUCUCGAGCCCUGUUCGGCGAAGCCUUCAGCCCUAUCAUCUUGCCCAGUCUGGUGAACACCUGGAUGGUGUUCUGCCGCCUGGAAAUGGAACUAGGAACCAAGAACCCUACUCUUCCGGGCAAACACGGGAGCACACUUCUUUUGGUUUGACUGAUACAUCGAUGGAUAUGCAUUCAGAUAGCCCAAUCCGUGAACCAUAUUGAUUGAAUGGCAAUGAUCAACUGGUUUGGUGUUGAAAUGAACCAAAGGAAGGCCUUCAAUGGAGAGACUAUGAAGAAGUUCUAUGAAUAUGAGUGUUUAUAGAUCUCUAGAUAUCCUUCUGUGUUCUUAUUUUGUUGAAUUAUCUGCCUUUUAUAUGUUUCUUGUGAGUUGUGGCUCAUUUUGAAAUGAAUUAUUGCAGAUAUGAUUUGCAGUCUGAGAUUUCAUUCCCAA